AUGACAGACACCAUCGAAGAACUCCCCCGACUCAACGCCGCAAUUGGCAGAGUAUCAAAGGAAGUCCUGGCAGUUAUGCUGACGGUACUCUGUGAGAAGAACCCAACCGCCAGGGAUUUUGUAAAAGGGCACCUUUUCGUGGACGAAAACGAAGUCCCUCAACCAGGGACGCCGCCUAUCUUCGAGUCCGAUACCGAAGACACUGACGACGAAGACAAAGAGAAUGUUAAACGCCCCUUGACGACUACGACCACCGGUCCUUAG